AUGGCAAACCUCGCAGUCAACGCCCAGGAUCACGACAGGAUACCCAUGAGCAUAACCAACGCCAGCGGCAGCGGGGACGAGAGUGCGCCCGAUGACAUAUCGGCCGGCCAGAAGAUGCUGUCGGCCAUCUCCGGCAGUCUUCUCACUUCUUUACUUGUGACCCCGCUCGACGUUGUCCGCGUCCGCCUACAAUCGCAGGCCACACCCUCGACACAGCUCGCCGAAUUCCACAAGCUCUCUGUCUCAACGCCAAACGCUUUCCGUCCGUCCAAUAUCGGUGUCACAGCAUGCUGCCGAGAAGUCUUCUUCAUCAAUAACAAUGCCGAGGCUUGUGUUGCUGACUCGAUCGCUGGCAUAACGGCUGGCGAUUGUGCGGUCGAGCAGGUUCAGAAGAGGACAUUCACAUCUACCUUUGAUGGCAUGCGCAAGAUUGCCCAGAACGAAGGAAUCUCGACGCUCUGGCGUGGGCUAUCGCCGACAUUAGUCAUGGCCAUCCCUGCCAACAUCAUCUAUUUCACUGGUUACGACUGGCUCAGAUAUAACCCCGCCAGCCCGAUUGCCAAAGUCACAAACGGGGACAUGACGCCACUAGUUGCCGGUGGUUUUGCGCGCAUGCUGGCAGCAUCAGCUGUGAGCCCGAUCGAACUUUUCAGGACUCGCCUUCAAGCUUCCACCGGCUCCAGCACGACAGGACAUCUCGCAAAUACUGUCCAGGGUGUACGGGAAAUGGUUGCCGAGCACGGCUAUCGGUCCCUUUGGCGUGGCUUGACACUGACUCUUUGGCGCGAUGUGCCCUUCUCAGCCAUGUAUUGGUGGGGAUACGAGGCCAUCAGAGGCAAGCUUACCGACAUACGCGAAGAGAGCCGGGGUCGCGCAGUUCAUCGUGACAGUCAUUCUAAACAACACUCGAGGUCCCGAUCCCAAAGCCGAGAGAAUCAUACCGCAACUUUUACCGACAGUUUCGUGGCCGGUGCCCUUUCCGGCGCCUUUGCUUCCAUCGUCACAACGCCGUUUGACGUUGGUAAGACACGCACGCAGACGUUUCACGAUGCGGCUAAAAAGUCCACCGGUGCUACCGAACAAGCAGUUGCGCCUGAAGCCCGCUCAAUGGUUCGUCUCUUGUGGCACAUCUAUCUCACGGAAGGCAUCCCCGGGUUGUGGAAGGGCUGGAUACCUCGGACACUGAAAGUGGCACCGGCAUGCGCCAUUAUGAUCAGCAGCUAUGAAGUCGGCAAGCGAGUAUUCCGGACCAUGAAUGAAAGGCAGCAAGCGAUGUCAUUGGAGUCGUUUUCUGAAAAGAAUUCCUGA